GCAGCCCCGGUCUACCUCGCCUUCCUUCCCAGCAGCUGCCCAGCCGAGCUAGCCCAUCCUCACGAGAGGGGAGGAGCGACGCGAUGAGUUCAGUACGAAGUGUUCUUUCUCUACUCAGCAUUGCAUUGUGGUGGGCAAUGAGUGCUUCUGCACCCCUUCCGGAAUAUUCUGGGGAUCCAGAACUGAACCAUUUUAUCCAUAAAAACCGGGAAUUUGCCUUCAGGAUAAAGAAGGAUGUUGCUAAGAUCAGAGAGCUUAUGCGUAAAGCCUUUAACAUUAUCAGUGACAGCGAACUGAUGUUGAUGCAGGAAUUUCUGGGCAUCCCACAAGUGGAUCUCUCCCUCUGCCACGCUGACCCUUGUGACAUGGCUGGCUGCUUCAACCAGAUAAGGGCAGGCCUUCACACCUACCAUGGCUACUUUUCCCACAUUAAAGAGAUCUUGCCAAGUUUUGCUGGACACAUGGGUAGUCUUCAAGUGGAUGUGUCAAACCUGUCCUCCAACCUCCAACAGCAGAUGCAAGAAAGAGGACUGACCGUGGUCACCUACCCCCAGAUGGAAAGCCAGGACCUUCCUUCCUUUCUGCAAAAGGAAAGGGAAAUUGGAAGCUAUCUUGCCCUUGGCAAGUUCCAGAAAUUCCUUGAAAUGACACUCCGGGCCCUGCGACAUUGCAGUUCAUAAAUGCAGGAGGCAGGGAGAACUCAGGAAGAAGAUUUGUGGAGCCUCUUUGCUGGGUGCAGUGGAGCGCUUCUUCUAUGAAAAUGGACAAUGAACUAUCUUUUGCCUUACAGAAGUUUAGUUUUCUAAUUUGUGGUUCCCCUGGCUCCAUAUGUCAUCAGCAGAAAAACAAGUCACUUCCCUUACCAACCUAGUACAACUUUUUACAAUACUUAACCAAAAGUCUGAACAAGUAUCACAUGAGGGUCCAAGUACCUCAUGAAAUUUAGCAAAUAUUUUUUAAUGUACAGAAUUAAGUUUCUCAUCCUUGGAAUCCUUAAAAAAACCUCUUCCAAGUGGCUAGUGCUCAAGAGUCUUGCCCGUUUGAUCGUGGAGUGUUGACAGAGAAACUUUGGGCUACCAUUCGAUUAAUAUGGUGACCAAGAUUUAACCAUUGGUAAUUGACUCAUCUCCAACUGUAUAACUUCUCCACAGUUAAGAGGGCAUCAGGAACUUUGGUUGAGAGACUUCCUGAACUGUGGUCUUCCCACAACAAACUUGAGGGCUUGCAUGGAAUAAUUCUUAUCUUUGGUUACUAAUUUUAUUUAUUAGGCUUUUAUUUAUUAGUAUUUAAAAUAUGUUGUUGCCUUUUUAAUCAACAAACUGUUUUGAAUAUUUAUCAUAUUUAAUAUUUAUAUAAAUGUCAGACUAAAAGCACAUUGUUAAAGUGGUUGUUGUUAACAAUGAUAUGGCUGUUGGGUGUGCAGGCUUGCAACCCUCACAAUACUCCACGUGGAGCAGAAAUAACAGGGAGAAAAACCUGCCAACACUUCAAGAGUCACUUCACUCAGCUUGCUUUAGGGCUGCUUUAAUGUCACUUGCUGUGACACAUAAUGAGAGACCAACGUUAUCUGCUGUUUAAUAUUUAAACAUUGAGUACCAGCUAUUGGUAGCUGGACGAGCCAGAGAGAACUUCUAGUUCCUCUGCUAGUGAUAGUCUUUUGGGUGCCACUCAAUAUAUAUUUCUCAUUUGUACAGUAUAACAUGAGCCACAAGUAAACUAGCUGUUCUUAUGCGUGUUGUAAAAGUCAUAUAAGAACUAAUAACAAUUAUAAUUGCCACAUACUGGCAAUCGUUAGUUGAGAGACUCCACCAGUCAUCGGGGGACCCUGAUAUCUACAGCUCAAACAUUAAAGAUACUGGGUUGGCACCCAUUGAUUCCUAGAUACUAUGUGAUCAUUCAGUUCUGUAAUGAAUUGCUCCAGAAUUUGAGUUCCAGUUCGUUGCAAGUGUAGUUUUAACUUACUGUGAUUUUAACUAUUUUUAUUUAAACAUGACAGAUCCACAGCUAACUGUUCUCCCUUCAAAGUCUGCACGAUAUUUUGCUAACUCCUGAUUUUCACCCACCUUUGACUGUACUACUUUUAAGUUUAUAAUACUAAAUCUCAUCUCUGUGCUGUGAGAUUUCUCAAUGUUCUGGAAUCUUGGUCUGAGAACAUUUCCUGAGCUAAAGAAUUUCACAAUCAUUUGCAACUGUUACACUUUUUAUAUUUGUUUUUCUAUUGAAUGCUAUGAUUACCACAUGA